GCGAUUCCUGCUUCCUUGUGUACACCACUAGCUCUCUUUUGCUGCCUUGACCGGAUCUGUCUUUGCUCUUUGCACUGACGACAAAUUCUUACGACCGCAACGAACGCUCUAAGUAGCAGCAGAGUAUUACGAUGGAGAUCGCAGCGCUGCAGAAACAUCAUGGUACAUGGAGGAACAUGCACGUCUACAAACUGGCGUGUGUCGCCUAUCUCGGUAUUGUUGUCUUCGGUUAUGAUACCGGCAUUGCCGGUGGUGUGGUGAACAACGCCUUUUUCCAGCACCAGUUCGGCCUCGCAGGGAGCAACGUGACGAACCUUUCGUCGAACGUUGUCUCCGUCCUCCAAGCCGGAGCGUUCUUCGGUGCACUCUUCUCCGCUCCAGUAACAGUUUAUCUCGGCCGCAAAUGGUCCCUCAUCAUGUGGUCCCUCAUUUUCUGCCUCGGCGCCAUCCUCCAGACCGUGGCGGAAGACCAGUUCACCCGUGGGCUGAGCUACAUCUACGCCGGCCGUGUCGUGGGCGGCAUCGGUGUCGGUGCUAUCUCCGCGCUCGCCCCUACUUACGUGGCCGAAUGCUGCCCUAAGGACGUACGUGGACGUAUUACGGGCUUGUUCCAAGUCUGGGUCGCGAUCGGUGUCCUUCUCUCCUACUGGGUCAACUACGGCGUGGCCAUCCACACCUCCCCCACGUCUCCCGACGUCUGGCGUAUUCCCUUCGGCGUGCAGCUCGUUCCCGGAGGGCUGAUGUGCGUCGGCCUUCUAUUCUGCCGCGAGUCACCUCGCUGGCUCGCCCGCCGCGGUCGUAUGGAAGAGGCGCUCGAGAACCUCGCUCACUAUCGGCGCGCCUCCAUCCACGACGAGGAGAUCAAGAUGGAGAUGGCCGAGAUCGAAGCUACCAUCCUUGAAGAGCGGGAAGCACGCUCUGGACUCGGGUGGCGCGAGGCUUUCCUGGGCAAGGGCAACUGGCCCCGCUUCGCCAUCGCUUUCAUUAUCAUGACCCUGCAGCAGUUCUCCGGGCAGAACACGGUGGGAUACUAUGCGCCCCAGAUCUUCCAGGCUAUCGGGUACGUUGGUGCCACUCCUGCCCUGCUCGCCUCCGGCGUGUACGGCAUCGUCAAAGUCGUCGCUACGUUCAUAUUUAUCAUGAUCGGCGUGGAACGGUUCGGCCGUCGCUGGUCCCUCUUCGGCUCCGCCAUUGGCAUGGGUACACUAUUCUACAUCGUCGGUGCGAUAUUUAUCACUCAUCCGCCUAAUCUGGCUUCGCCCACUCCCUCACCUUCGUCCAAGGCCAUGGCAGCGAUGAUCUACCUGUACUGCGUUGCGUACUCCUUUGGCUGGGGUCCCCUUCCCUGGGUGUACGUAGCAGACAUCUUCCCCAACCGGACGAGGCACUACGGGCUCGCUUGGGCCUCGGCCACCCAAUGGCUGUUCAACUUUGUCAUCUCUAAGAUCUCGCUGACGAUGGAGAAUAACCUCCAGGGCAAGAUCUUCAUCACCUUCGCAACGAUCAACAUUGGCGGUAUGGCUGUCUUCUCCUACUUCCUGCCAGAGACGAAGAACCGCUCGCUCGAGGAGAUGGACAUCAUCUUUGGCGCAGUGACGCAAGAGCACAGGAACGAAGAUAUUCACAAGGCGGAGCUGGAGAUGGCUGCGGGUAUGAAAGAUAUCAACAUGCGGGAUGAGGAGGCGGCGUAUGGAGCAGCCGGGUCGUCCAAAGUCGAGCACCACACGAACACGCAGAGCGAGAAACUCGAGACUGAAAACGUCCGGUGA